GUCGCCAUAGGAACAAAGCCUUCCUUUCUUCACGGUAAUGGUGGGACCCUUGAGUCGGGAAUGGACCGGACUAAUUAGGGAAGGACUGCGGUUGGGGCGGCGACAUGUGAAAGCAAGCUGAAUACAUUAGUGCAGAAGCUUCACGAAUAUCUGGCUCAAUCAACAGAACAAGCUGAAGAAACCCUGUCUUCUCCAGACCUGUGUGUAAAUCAAUUUUCAGGUAAAGGGAACACGGCUCUUAUUUCUAUUUCAACACAUAUGGAGCACAAAGAGGUCUUCAGUCAAAACUCAAAGUCUUCGGGAUCAUCCCGUUCAAGAAGGAAACCCUCGUUUGUAACAAAGCACGUUGUAUCAGAUGAUGAAACUUCAAAUGAGAAUACAUCUGACUGUGAAAAACUGACUUCAAAUAUCGAGGACACAGAUGAUUUAGAUGUGAAUUGUCUGCCUAAAGGCACAAUAGUUGUACAGCCUGAACCAGUAUGGAAUGAAGACAAAGAUAACUUUCGAGGACCUGAAUUUAGAAGCAGAAAUCCUAAGAACAAAAUGGAACCAUCUAAGAAACGUGGAGAUGAGAAUCUGCAUGGAAUAGUCAGCUGCACUGCUUGUGGGCAGCAAGUAAACCACUUUCACAAGGAUUCAGUUCAGCGGCAUCCUGCACUGAAAGUUCUCAUUUGUAAGAACUGCCAUAAGUACUACAUGAGUGAUGACAUUAGCAGAGAUGCUGAUGAUAUGGAUGAACAAUGCAGAUGGUGUGCUGAAGGUGGAAAUCUGAUUUGUUGUGAUUUUUGUCACAAUGCAUUUUGCAAAAGCUGCAUAUUGCGCAACCUGGGUAGAAAGGAACUAUCCAAUAUUAUGGAUGAAAACAAAAAGUGGUACUGCUAUGUGUGUAAUCCAGAGCCUUUACUGGAUUUGGUCACAGCUUGUGACAGUGUAUUUGAGUGUCUUGAUCAGCUAUGGCAACAAAACAAGAGGAAGAAAGACUUUGAAAAGUUUAAAUUUGACAAUGAAAAAUGUAAGUCUCCAGGCCCUCAUGAUAGUGACAAGUCUGUAGAUCAUGAUUAUAAAAAUACUCAAAGAAUUUCCAGUAAAGACUGUAAUGGACAGGAAAAAGAUACAAGUUCAUUAAAGACGCUUUCUUCAGGAUCUGGGAGUAUUACAUAUUCUUACAAGGCAUUAAAAGUACCAAAAGACAUUCUGAAGAAGGCUCGCAAACUAAUUGAUACAACUGCCAACUUGAAUAUCAGCUUUGUUAAUUUUUUAAAACAAAAAGACUUGGGUGAGUCUGAACCUAAUGUAAACAUGAGACAAUUGAAAGCUUUUAAAUCUGUGCUUGGUGAUCUAAAGAAAGUGCAUCUUGCAUUGGAAGAGGUUGUAGAUAAAGAGAUUCAAGACUUGGAAAUGGAACAAAAAAUAUCUACUGAAUCCUUACAAGAGUGUGUUAUCAAAGUUGAAGCACAAAAGUCCACUAAAAAUGAGAAUUAUGUAGUACCUGGUAAAAUAAUUGCAGAAAAUUCUGUUUCGGCAGAAGACAAAUCUGAUCAAAUGGAAGUGACUCUGGUUUCAAGUGAACUUGAUAAGGCUACUGAAGAUGAAAAGAUAUCAAUAGAAAAAACUAAGUUAAUGCUUAAUUCAGUGAUGGACAGUGUUGAAAAUGACAGUUCGUUAAGUCAUCCUUUGGUCAAAAGUGAGUCUGAUGCUGCACAUGGGAGCACUAGUGUGGGGCUAGAAUCAGAAAUGGGUGAAGCAACUUUGCUUAACAGUUUAGAUGAAGCUUUGCAGAUGGGAUGUGUUUCUUCACUAACUGGAGGUUUGUUUGAGACUUCUGACUCAUUGCUACCAGAUUUGGAUACAGUGAAUAAUUCUGCAAGUCACUGUACAAUGCUCGAUACAGUGUUACCUAACGCACCUGUUGAAAGUCACAAUAAUUCUGGAAGAUCUUCAGAGCUUGACUCCGAUUCUAGUAUAAAAUGUCCAGUGAAACGUGAACUUUUAAUAAAAUUGACCCCAGUUUCACUGAAGAGGUGUAAGAAAACAGCGCAGGGUGUACGUAGGAAAAAAUUGCUGAAGAGGCGUAAACGAGGUGCUGCUGGGGAUGAUGAUAAUGAAGUCAAGGCUGCUGGGGACGGUGACAGUGAAGCUGAAGCUGCAGGGAAUGGUGACAGUGAAGCAGGGGAUGGUGACAGUGAAGCUGAGGCUUCAGGGGAUGGUGCUAGUGAAGCUGGGGCUGCGGAGGAUGGUGCUAGUGAAGCUGGGGCUGCGGGGGAUGGUGCUAGUGAAGCUGGGGCUGCGGGGGAUGGUACUAGUGAAGCUGGACCUGCGGAGGACAGUGAUAGUGAAGCUGAGGCUGCAGGGGGCGGCGAUAGUGAAGCUGAGGCUCCUGUGGGUGAUGGCAGUGGCGUGGAGGCUGUUGGGAAUGAUGGCAGUGAAGUUGAAGCAAUGAGGGGUAAUAGGGAUGCUGGUGGAGUGGAUAAUGGGAGUGGUGCUCAUGUCGCAUCAGAGUCCGAUGCAGAUGAUGAAAACCAUGACGCUGGAGAAGACAGCAGUGGUGAUGUGGGAAAUGGUAGCCAUGUUCAUGCAGGAUUUAGAGAUGGCAUCAGUGCUGCAGGCAAUUUGAUUAAAAACAAGAAGAUUGUAGAGAAACCUCAAAAGAGCAAAGCAAAUUUUUCAAAAAAGAAGAAAAAAUCUAAUGAAGAAAAUGUUGAAAACGAUACUGCAAAUGAUGCAUCGGUUCUGUCAGAGGACACUGAUACAAAGCGGUCACCUCGUAUAAAGACUACCCCCCUGAGACGUCCUGGAGGGGCAGGGAUUGUCAACUCUAGAUCGGAGGAAGACACUGAUAGUGGUGGUGGAAAAAAACGUAGGAAAUCAAAAAAUAAAAUUAAGGACAAUGAGAAAGUAAAUUCUUCAGGUAAAGUCAAGGCUGGCCGUUCAAAAACAUCCAAUAAAAGUGUCAAGUCUGAGAUAGAAGAAUCUGAUCCUGAUAAAUCAGAUACAUUGCAUAAAGCUGGUGAGCAAAUUACCUCUGACUCUGAUGAGAUACCAGAAGUACUGAGAAAGGCAGCAGGGAAAUGUGAUAGUUCAUCUGAUGCAGAUAACAAAGAUAGUGAUUCAUCCAAAAAGAUUAUUAAGAAGGCAAGUUUGUUUGGUCUGAGAAAGCGAAUGCCACGAGCAAAUAACACAGAUGGUGUUAAACGGAAGAGGAAAUGUUCAUCCUCCAGCUCAGAUUUUGGUGGAAAGGAAAGAAAAAGAACUAGUAAAAGAACUUGUGUUGCUAAUAAAAAAAGACGACAUCAUUCUGACUCCUCGAACUAUGAUUCUGACCUAGAAAAGGAAAUAAAGAACUUGAGUAAAAUCAGUGCUGCAAAAAAAUCAUCUUCAAAGAAAGCAAAAAAGCAGGCAACAGAGGAAGAUGAUGAGGAUGAUUCAUCUAAAGGUGAUGAGAAAGUUGCUGCAAAAUCUGUUCAAGAAAAGACGAGAUUAAAACGCAAGAAAAGAGCAAUGGAAAGAAAGCAGACCUCUUCAUCCUCGUCAGAUGGUGAUGAAGCAGCUGAACAAAUGGACAAGCACGAUCUUCCUGGAGAAGGAAGCAGCGAUGAGCAAAAGAUACAGCCCAUCAUGGAAAACAUUGUUCUUGCUACUGGAUCUGGAUUUUGCCAGUCAUCGGGUGAUGAAGCAGAAGGCAAUUCAAAAAAUGUCACCCAGUGUGCCAGUGAUGACUAUGAUGAUGAUCCUGAGAAUAGAAUUGCCAAGAAGAUGCUGUUAGCAGAAAUAAAUGCAAAUUUAUCAUCUAAUGAUGAUAAAUCUUCAGAGGAGGAAUCUGAAGAAGAAAAGAAGAAAUCUGACCAAAGAAAUGAACAAGAUGAAGAAGAAAAUGAUGAAGAGGAGGAAGCUGAAGCUGACUCUGAUUCGGACUCUGACUUCGAAAUGACAAAGAAGCCACGCUACAGGCAUCGACUCUUAAGGCAUAAACUCACAAUGAGCGAUGGUGAAUCUGGAAAUGAAAGGAAAGGAGCUAAAGUCAAAAAUGGAGCAAAGGAAGGCACACGCAAGAACCGAAGGAAAGUAAGUAGUAACGAAGAUACUACUGAACAAGAGAGUGACUCUGAUUUUCAGGAAUCUCAAUCUAGUGAAGAGGAAAGUGAUUCUGAUGAUAAACGGAAACGUCCAAGGACAAGGGCAUCUAAGAAAGAGGCAGAGGAAAACCAGCGCAGCUACUUGCAGAAAAAGAAAAGAAGGCGAAUUAAAGUUCAGGAAAACUCAUCAAGUGAAAAGAGCAACUCGGAAGCUGGUGGUAAAAGUAAUAGUGAUAAUGAAGAGAAUGAAGAUGACCUAAAAUCUCCUGGAAAAGGUCGGAAGAAGAUAAGGAAGAUUUUGAAAGAUGGUAAUUUGCGAACAGAAACUCAAAAUGCCUUAAAAGAAGAGGAAGAUAGAAGAAAACGCAUUGCUGAUAGAGAAAAAGAGAGGGAAAAGUUGAGAGAGCAGGUGGAAGUAUUGGAAGGUAUGUCACCUAUACAGUGUCCAAUAACCACUAAACUGGUCCUUGAUGAAGAUAAGGAGACAAAGGAAUGCCUUGUCCAAGUCCAUCGAAAUUUGGUGCGAAAACUGAAACCCCAUCAAGUAGACGGUGUGCAGUUCAUGUGGGACUGUUGCUGUGAGUCAGUGAGCAAGGCCUUAAAAGAACCAGGCUCGGGGUGCAUAUUGGCACACUGCAUGGGACUUGGAAAGACACUGCAGGUUGUGACCUUUUUGCAUACCAUGCUGUUGGCUGAGAAACUUGAAUUCAGUACUGCUUUAAUUGUUUGUCCACUUAACACUGUUUUGAACUGGAUCAAUGAAUUUGCAAAAUGGCAGGAAGGACUGGAUGAUGAUGAAUGUUUAGAGGUAAAUGAAUUAGCAACAGUUAAACGCCCUCAAGAAAGAGCCUACCUUCUUGAAAGAUGGCUGGAGGAAGGAGGUGUCAUGAUUCUAGGUUACGAAAUGUAUCGUAAUCUUGCACAAGGCAGAAAUGUGAAAAGCAGGAAGAUGAAAGAAAUAUUCCAGAAGACUUUAGUAAACCCUGGUCCAGACUUCGUGGUCUGUGAUGAAGGGCAUAUACUUAAAAACGAAGCUUCAGCAAUAUCAAAAGCAAUGAAUUCUAUCAGAACAAAAAGGAGGAUAAUUCUUACAGGGACACCAUUGCAAAAUAAUCUUGUUGAAUAUCAUUGUAUGGUGAAUUUCAUUAAAGAGAAUCUUCUUGGCUCAAUAAAGGAAUUCAGAAAUAGAUUUAUGAAUCCCAUUCAGAAUGGACAAUGUGCAGACUCGACUUUAGUGGAUGUAAGAGUAAUGAAGAAACGUGCCCAUAUCUUGUACGAAAUGUUGGCAGGUUGUGUGCAGCGCAAAGAUUACACUGCACUUACAAAAUUCUUGCCUCCAAAAUAUGAAUAUGUUCUUGCUGUGAGAAUGAUGCCCAUUCAGUGCAAACUUUAUCAGUACUACCUUGACCAUUUUACAGGUGUAGGAACUAGUAAUGAGGGUGGAAGGGGUAAAACUGGAACCAGACUCUUUCAAGAUUUUCAGAUGUUGAGUAGGAUAUGGACCCAUCCUUGGUGUCUGCAGUUGGACUACAUCAGUAAAGAGAACAAGGGAUAUUUUGAUGAGGACAGUAUGGAUGAAUUCAUUGCAUCGGAUUCAGAUGAGACUUCAAUGAGUCUUUCCUCAGAAGAUGAGAAAAGUAAAAAGAAGAAAAAGCGUGGAAAGAAAAAUGAAAGCAGCUCUAAGGAGAGUGGCAGUGACAAUGACGUGGAGGUGAUCAAGGUCUGGAAUUCAAGAUCACGUGGUGGAGGAGAAGGAAGUAUGGAAGAUAAAUCUGUGGAAUCUGUUGCUGGAAAAGCAGAUGAUGCAAAGCCUUCCACUGGUUCCAAUCCAGGUAGUCCUGCCGCUGACUGGUACAAAGAAUUCAUUACAGAUGCUGACGCAGAAAUAGUUCACCAUUCUGGGAAAAUGGCCAUCUUGUUUGAAAUUCUGUAUAUGUCAGAAGCAAUUGGAGAAAAAGUACUUGUCUUCAGUCAGUCACUGAUUUCAUUGGAUUUAAUAGAAGAUUUUCUGGAGAUGGCAAAUAGAGAAAAGUCAGAAGGCAAAUCUGAUAUUUAUAAAGGUGAUGGGAAAUGGUACAGAAACAUAGAUUACUAUCGGAUGGAUGGAUCCACAAGUGCACAAACAAGAAAAAAAUGGGCUGAAGAGUUCAAUGAUGAAACAAAUGUCAGGGGCCGUCUAUUCAUCAUUUCCACGAAAGCUGGAUCUCUGGGGAUUAAUCUUGUGGCUGCCAACCGUGUCAUAAUUUUUGAUGCCUCCUGGAAUCCAUCUUAUGAUAUCCAGAGCAUCUUUCGUGUUUAUCGUUUUGGACAGACAAAGCCUGUCUUUGUGUACAGAUUCUUGGCUCAGGGAACCAUGGAGGAAAAGAUUUAUGAUCGACAAGUAACAAAACAGUCACUUUCAUUCCGUGUAGUCGACCAGCAACAGAUUGAGCGUCACUUCACAAUGAAUGAAUUAACUGAACUCUACACUUUUGAGCCAGAUCAGCUUGAUGAUCCAAACUCUGAAAAGAAGAAGAAAAGAGAUACUCCUGUGCUGCCAAAGGAUCAUAUUUUAGCAGAAAUACUUCAAAACCAGAAAGAUUACCUUGUGGGUUACCAUGAACACGAUUCACUUUUGGAUCACAAGGAGGAGGAAGAGCUAAGCGAGGAGGACCGGAAAGCAGCAUGGGCUGAGUAUGAAGCAGAAAAGAAGGGUCUCUCCUUGCGAACUAAUGUCGCAACUGGGAUUAAUUUCCCUGGUGCCAAUUUCAGCUUACAGGCUACACAUUUUCCUUUCAACAUAGCAACUUUGUCCGCAAUGAGUAAUCAACAGCUGGAGGAUCUUAUCAACCAAGGCAGAGAGAAAGUAGUUGAAGCCAGUACUAGUAUAGCAGGUGUGAGAGCAGAGGCUCUUGAAGACCUAAUUGCACAAGUGUGGAAAGAGAAUCCCAACCUGACUGAAGAACAGGUUCAAGCAGUGUCACUCACCAAGCAAGCAACCCAAGAGUUAGAAAUAAAACGUAGAGAAGCUAUGUACAAUGAUAUCCUUUCAAAGCAGCAGCUGCUGAUACGUUCAGUACAACAGAUAUUAAUGAGCCGAAGACAGCAGCAGAUGAACCAGAUGGCACAACAGCAGCAGCAACAGUAUCCAAUGUCUCCGCUUUUAAACCAAUUUAUGUCUUCAAGAAAUCCUGGCCCGAUACUUGGUUAUCCACACCUCGGUUUAAGAGGACUGUCUAUGUAUCCACAAACUGCGCCUGGCAUACGGCCACCUCCUUUGCAGAGAGCACCACCUGCACCCAUGCAGCUGAAGGGACAAUCUCCUGGUCCCCCACAGCUGAAACAAGGAAUAAAAAAUUCAAAGAAAUAGCCAAUAUUAUAAGAGAUUUUACCAGAAAAUACAAACGUAAUAUUGUGCCUUUGCUAUGGUAGCAAGCACAUUUCUGAACUGAAGAAAAACAAGUGACCAAUUUAUAACUGGGACACUACUUGAGUGCAUAGAAUCGUGCUGAGAUAUUCAGUGGUAAUACUGUCAUAGGAGAUUCCAAGGAAUCUUUAAACAUUGUAUAUAGCCUUAAUAAAUAUGUGACUGGUGAGGAAGAGAACCAGUUUUCUUCCAAGUUUUUAUUUUCCUUUUUGCCAGUUUUGUUUAAUUCUGAUGUAUCUGAGCAAUUUGAAAUAUUUUGGGGAGGUGGGAAGUUGAGAGUCCAGAACUCACUGACCAACGAAAAUGUAUUUAAAAAUGUCAUCUUUUACACAUGCUUCCUAUAUAGCAGGAAUAAGCCCAAGUUGACAAAAGGACAAUUCAUUAUUGUUGCCCCUUCCAAAAAUAUUUUUGGGUGAUGAUUUUGUCAUGAUGAUGAAGAUUUUUACCCCAUCACAAUUGAGUUCUUCCACCUCUUGUUCCAAAACAGGAAAAUUUCUGAACUGCUGAAACUUCUAGAACAGGUUUAUCUUAGAUGAAUCAAGAUGCUAUUAUUUGCAAGUGUCAUUUGGUAAUUGUUAUGAAUGCCAGCUCAAAUUUCUGAAUAAAGCCUCCAUUCUCAUAGAAAUUGAGGUUAAUUCUUUUGCAGUCCCACUGUGCAGUGAAUUGAUUUAAUGAUUUUUUUUUCAGCCUUUGUAGUGCAGAACAAGUGGUUUUACUCUACAGGCUAAUUUGUGGCCAUUGAACCCAAUUUGAAAUUAAAUUCAUCUUGCCUUGUGCUAGAUGAUGGACAGUAAGACAGAAUUUUUACUUAGGGUGCAAAGUUGUUUCCUGGAUGUCUUUAACUGUGGUUGAACUGGAGAGUGCCCAGUCAUGCCCUGUGAGUUACUAUUCAUCUGGUCUUCACCAAAUGUUGAUUCAAUUAAUGCAACUUGAUGCAUUUGUUACUUUGCUGGAAUUAGUCUCUACUCUAAGAAUGCCAUCCUUUUCAGUCAGGACUCCGUUACAAUUAUGAUUUGAGCAAUUCCUGAUUCUGCAGGAUCUGCUUCAAAUGGCUACAUUUGAUUUUUCCUGGUGCUAGUUAUGGCAUUGUCAGGGAAUGUUGUUUGACAUCUACAGAUAUCUGUAGUCAAUGCAUAGCCUUGGUAUGAGCACCAUUUGCUAACCCUUGCAUUCCUGAUGUGAAGAAACUAACUGUCCUUGGAACAAAAAAUAUUUCUGUUUGUCUUCAGCAACAUUAUAGUUCUAGAAAUGAUCAUUUCAUUUAAUCAUUCUCACCACAAUUGAUUGACUUCAUUUCCUCAAUUAGAAUAAGGAUCUGUUCUUUGAUGUUCUACUAUAUACCCAAGUGUUCCAUCAGGACUGAGAUUAUGGCUUUAUUGAUAACUGAAAUUGGUCCUUGACAACCUGGAAAGCUAACAUCCAGCUCUCGUAACUUGCAUUUAUUACAUGGCAACUGAACCGUUUUUUUGUUUUAUGUAGAGAUUAUUGUUUUUGUGAGCUUCUAGAUCAGCUAUAGAUGACAACUGUAAUGAUUGAGACUGUUGGUUCCCUAAAUUCUCUCCCUGUUGAAUGUGAUUUCUGCAUCUAUGCCCAUGUAAAAUUAGGCCAUGACCACCUUUUGGCUGUCUCCAAGAAAGUAUUUUGAUUUCAGUGCACAGAUGACUAACAGUUCACAUAGAUGAAGUCUAUCCUAAAUCUGUAAUGCUAAACAAUGCACAUUCUGCUUUAGGAACCAGAGAACAGUUAUUAAUAUAUUCUGCAUUAUUGCCACUAUGCAAAUAGAAAAUUGAUUAGAUGAAAUUCACCAGAAACCACCUUCAAUAUCAUGGACUAGCCUUGAGGUCAUUUCGUACAGUAUCUGAAUAGCUGGCUUGAGGGGAGACUGACCAUCUUACAUUAGUUUUCCAUCAAGAAAAUCUUAAUUCAUUCCGCCUAUUAGAUGCUGCUAGGUCAAGCUCCUGUUGUAUGUUGUUGACUUUUGUUUAAUGAGGGAAUCUAGAUUAUCUCGUAAAGUGCUCUUCUCUUGAAUAAAAGCAUCUCCAUGAUUACCAAUCCACUCAACCAAUUCUGUUAUCUUUUGAGUGUAUUAAAUGGAGUCAAUUUGUGUUGCUUGUUUUCAAUUCCUGGUUCCAAAACAGGACAUUGUCAGCUGAAAUCAAAUCUUGUUAGGUUUUGGUGGAGAAACAAAAGUCCUGAUGUCAUUACAUUUUUUUUUAAAGAAGUCUUAAUGGGAUUUUAUUCCUAUUGAGAACCUUGACUAUCUCCUGUGUAUGUGGAGGAUGCUUCUCUUCAAAGACUGAAGAGCACAUUAAGGACAGGUAAUGUAAAUUUCAGAAGCCUGUUGGGAUGUCUGUUUUCAUAUUAUGUAAUCACAUGACUUUUUGUUUCGUACAUACGAUUAAAACAGUAUAAACUUGUAUUAAUAUGGUAAUGCACAUUUAUUUUGCACCUAUACUGUCAGCCAAAUGUAAACCAAAAAUAAAAUUACUCUGCACUCUGGCUGCAACUUUGUUAAAAUCUUUACAAUUCAAAGCUAUUUAGCUAGUGAAAUGAUUUAUGAAAGAUGAAUGUUUUCUAAUUACAUCAAUGAUUCGUGCAAAUAUGUUCAAAUGAUUUUAUUAGGAACUUGCAGCAGCAAAAUGUAACAGUUUAAAGUUUUUAUUUGCUGUUGUGUAAUAUAAAAGACAUUAUUUUCUUUAAGUUCAUUGUAUUCACUAUGCAAUUGAUGCAAGAUAAUAAGCCUCUUGGUCUUAUUGAAAGAUGAGACUUAUUUGGCUGAUAAUUUAAAAAAUAAAAUCCAUUUGCACAGCAGCUAUUUGCUUUCAAUGGCUAAUUUUUCUUUUAAAUAGACCAGCCAUCCACUUAUCCCCUUAUCAAUUGAUCACCUCAGGGUGCCCUUCUUGGGGAUUGCUAAACUUGUAAUAAGUUCACAUCCAUACAAAUUCUUCCAUAAACUGCCGACAAGAUCUUUGGGGUGCGGGAGUGGAAAUGCUGUGUAUGUUAAUGCUGUUGUGAUAGACAUCAUAUUUGUUCAUUUGGUGGGAUGACAUCUUCAACUGCCUGCAUGACAACCAAUUCCUCUCUCCCCCCUCCCCCCCCCCCCCCCCCCCCCCAGCCAAGUCAGUAUUGAGCUAGCCAGUCAUCUGAGUCUUAACCACUUUCGCCCAUCAUUUGCAAAGUUGAUGUAAUACGUAAUGUGUGGUUCAUUUAUAGGGGCUUUGUCUUCUGAAUCUCUAAACAAUUAAAAGUAAGUGUCCAUGCAGUCAGGAAAAUCUUAAAAUGUACUUGGGCAGUGGGGAUAAUUUUCAUUUCCUUGGUUUUGGUACUCAAUGAGCUUUAUUUUCUUAGUGCUCUCUUCUACUGUAAUUGAUUUUCUCUUUUGGAAUUUUCUUUUUGUAACAAGAGCAACAAUUGCCAGCAGACUUUUUACCAGAUAUUCUGACAGUACUAUUCAAAGAUGUUGCUUUUAUUUUUCUUAAAUAAAAAGAAAAAAUAAAGCCAUGGAUACCACAUUGAUGGUAUUGAGUUAAUACGUGAAUUUUUCAGAUGAAAUACACAGUAUAAAGUUUUGACUGCUUGGUAUGUUUCACUUUAAACUUGCGUUGUACGUUUAAAUCUAUCUGUGCUCUGUUUGGCACACAAUUUGACCAGGAAAUAGUUGUGAAAUUUAUUAUGUUUGUGGUUGGACAACAAACUAUAUCACCCACACUGUUCAUUUUUAUAAAGUUAGAUGUGAUUUACAUAGUUGCUGUUGCUUAACUGAUAAAUAUGUUGCAGCUUGUAUUAAGACUAAAAAUGGCGAAAAACCAUAUUUUCUAACUCGUACUGUCCUUAAUUUUGGAUGUAAAGCAUUCUUUGCUUAGUUAUAUGUUUUGUAUCAGACGUGCCCUAGUUGAAUAGCAAAAGGCAAGCCCUAAACUAUCAUUUGCUGUUGAAUUUCAACAGCUGUGAAGAUGUAACAAUCCUGCUUGCUUUCUACAUAUUUUAAAUUGUUUCAACUGUAUUUAUUCACUACCGUAAAUACUGUAGAACUGAUGCAACUUCAUCCCAUAGGGAUUAUUGUGUGUAAAAUAAGCUCUGGCAGUGUGUUUUAAUAGAAAUUGUAGUGGAUGAAUAAGUACGCACACUGUGUUGUCACCUUUGCAAGUGGUAUCAAAACAUUGAAAUUUUAAUAUUUAAUAUUCAAUAAAAAUGACAAAAUGAA